GCCUCUUCACCUCUGCACCAUGAAAGUCCUCCUGCACCUGAAAAACGAGAUGACGAUGACGCCGCUGCCCCUCCGCACGGGCUGGAAAAUCAUGACGGUGACCAAGGCGAACACGUUCGUCGGGGACGCAGUGGGGACCGGCGCGAGCGCGUACGUCUCCGUCGCGAUGCCGGGGGGCUGGCAGCGGUUCGAGGGCCAAAUCUACUUUGAAGGCACGAUGGCGGGGCGCGACGGCGGCUUUGUGAUCGCUGCUACGCGCGGACGCAUGGGCGAGCGCGUCACGGCCGAGUGGGAGAUCGUGCCCGAAAGCGGGACGGGGGCGCUCGCGGGCGUCUCGGGACGGGGCGCGUAUCUCGCCUUCCCGCCGUUCGAGGAGGGCAAGUGCGAGAUGGAGGUGGAGUUUGCGUAGAUUUGUUUGGUUCGGCGGCAGAAGAUUCGUAGCUGUGUCAAGUCAUUCGCACCAGUCCGCGGCUCGCUCGCGUGUUAGGAUGCAUUGCUCGAGGUAUCGUGUCAUGCAUGGGAAGC